AUGACAAAAUCAGUUUCAUCUCUCAAACAGGAACAGUACGCAUUGGUCUACAAAGCUGUCGUUCAACUCGUCCACGAAGAAUUCGAUAGAGAGAGGGUAAAGUCUCACACCUACGUUAAUGUGGAAUUACCUACUUCGCCUAAAUCUUCUCCAGAGAAUGAAGAUUAUGAAAACUGCGAAUUCAUAAGCAGUGUUAGUCGUUGGAGACAGAAUGACCGUAAGAAUGAAUCUUCUCCAAAACCUUCGGUACCAUUGCCUUCGCCACCGUUGCCUUCGCCAAAGGAGACGAAAGGCAGUUCUAAGCCUCAACUGGCAAACAGACCCAAAAUAUCAAAACUCGAUGGAGCUGCCGUGGCAAAAUCAUCAGCGCAGGCGAACGGUGACUAUGUAAAUCUUGAAUUUCCUUCGAAAGUUAUGAAAACUCCACCGAUAUCGCCAGCACGUGAAAUAGCUGCGCCAUUUGCGGCCCCACUUCCUCCAGUUCACAGAGCAAAUACACCAAAUGCAAGUAGAGCCCGCAUGGGUAGUGGAGGUCCAGCUGAGAAACAAAAAAUUCUGGUAAAUUCUGACUAUGAGGUUCUUCCUAAGAAAAUGUCUCCUUCACCAGUUUUCAGUCCAGGAAAUGAAAUGCCUCCACCUAUGAAGAAAGUAAUUUCGUCUGAUUAUGAGUUCCCUUCGGUGUCUGCAAAGCGUGAAGACAAAAAACCAACAGUCCAUGUACCUGAAGGUCUGUUAAUUGAUCUCGGAGAUGAUGUUCCUCCGGUGCCAUCCAAAAGGCAUUCCGUAGGCUCUGUAAGUAAGAAUGGUGCAGGUGCCAGAUAUGAAAAUGUUGAAGUCAAGCCUGUAAUGCCAGCAGGAGUAAGAUCAACAAGCUCCCCUAAUAUACAGGACGAUUUAUUGAUUCAUGGUAGUAAUUACUUACAACCAACAUCCAAGAAUCCGCGACAAGAUUUACGCCCGGAAAAUUUAAAAGAAAGUGUCGACAAAAAAGGUUUCAGUACGGUCCCCAACAGACUUCACGCUGAUUCUGGACCAAAGCGAAGUCCCCUGACUGAUGAUUUGUUUCAGGGCCCAAGUAUAAGUGUCACUGGCGAUGCAAGCAUUGGUGGAUCGGAGGUGAAGAAUUCACAAUCUGGGUCGUAUUGCUUGCUUGGUAUUCCAGCAUCCAAAGUGACGGCACCACAGCCUAACCUUGAGUUACAGCAUCAGAGACAAAAACCAACUGAUGAGGAUGCGCGCAAAGCUCUCCAUGUGCAGUCGCAGGUACAGCCAAAGAAACAGAGUGAACCAUCUAAGGCGAGGCCAAAAGUCGGGGCUUAUGCCUUGGUAGGAAUCCCAGAGGCUGGGGGCCAGAUCAUAAAACCUACUCCAGUAUGUAAACCUGCUCCGUAUUGCAGUAAUGAUGCAACGGGAAAUGCUGCCAUCCCUGUGAAAGACAAAGGUAAAGGUUACCCUGUGGAGGGCAAAGAAAAGCCUGUCGCUGAGCCUUCGUAUGAGCUGGUUGGACAUCGGCAUUCGCCAGGAAAGAUGGUUCCCGCUAAUCCAGUGCAGCAACCUAAACUUGAAAAUACGAGCUUAGAUGUGAAGAGAGAUGCUAGACAGGGGGUGCAUGGGUCACCCCUCUUGAAUAGAGCAGACAAACAACAUCUCGUGGCUAAGAGUAACAGCCUACCAGACGUUUCCCACAGAGGCUCGGCUGACGGAGAAGCACAGUCUACAGAUGACGUAACGGUUGGGCCAGAUCUUUAUGCCUCAGUUGCCCCGAAGAACAGAAAUAGGCCAGAUAAUAAGGGCACAAACGGUGUUAUGUUGUCGGGUGGAAUAUCAAGCCUCCGAACUCAGACUUCUUCAGGAAGUUUACAGAGCUUUGCAUCGACAUCGAGCGAUGGAGGUAAUUCCCCUCCGGCCGUUCCUGAAAAGACCAACGAUGCGUUUCUUGUCCCAGAUGAGGAGCCUUACGAAGCAGUUCAGCAGAAUAAUAAAGGAACCUUGGGGGACCGAUUCAAGAAAAUGGUUAAAAAUAAUACAAAGGGAAGUUUGCCAAAGCGUCUCUCUGAUCUAACCAAUCCUGUUGGCCACGGGGGUAAUGGGACGUCAAAAACCAACAGUUUGGGGAGUUCCAAUGUGGUCGUGCCAUGGGAUGAUAUAGGGUACAUGAAGAGAGUUGAUAAGCCUAAAGGACCCAGAACAUGCCCAACACAUUGGCCAACAUUUGGCUAUCUUGGGUUAUAAAUUAGAAGUUCAUUUAUCUUCUGAUAUAAGAAAAGAGAAAGCAUCACGUUUUGGGUCAAACAGCAAUAUCCCAUAUUAUGUUGAAUAAGUUUUUUCCUUGCUGAAUUACGAAAAAAUGGUUGUAAGAUUCGAGGAAUUGUUUCGGAAAGUAUGUCUCAGUAGAAUGAGUUCCUGCAAGAUCAAAGAUUUGCUGGAAGUCUGCAGAA